AUGGCCUCCGGUGAUUUGGUGAUAGGAAUGGUCUUCUUAUCGCAGACCAUAAUUGGAUUCCUGGGGAAUUUCUUUCUUCUCUUCCAUAAUUUCCUUUAUCUCACCAGAUGUCCUGUAAGGCCCAAGGAUUUGAUUCUCAAGCACUUGACCUUGGCUAACUUCUUGGUCAUAUUCUGUAAAGGAGUCCCACAGACCAUGUCUGCUUUUGGGGCAACACAUUUCCUCAGUGAUACUGGAUGCAAACUUGUUUUCUAUGUUCACAGAGUUGGCAGGGGUGUGGGCACCGGCAUCACCUGCCUCUUGAGUAUCUUCCAGGCCAUCACGAUCAGCCCCAGGAACUUCAGGUGGGCAGAGAUGAAACCGCAAGCUUCCAGAUACAUGGGGCCCUCCAACAUCCUGUGCUGGAUGCUAAACAUGCUGUUGAACAUCAGUGUUCCUAUGUAUGUUGGCAAGUGGAACAGCAAAAACACCACAAAUAAAAUAGAUUAUGGAUACUGUUCUGCAGUAAUUGAUAACAGAGUCACGGGUGUGCUACUUAUAGCACUAUUGUCCUCCUAUGAUGUUUUGUGUCUGGGACUGAUGGUCUGGACCAGUAGCUUCAUAGUUCUCAUCCUGUACAAGCACAAGCGGCAGGUCCGACACCUCCAUAGCGCCACCCUCUCCCCAAGAUCCUCCCCUGAGACUAGAAUCACUCAAAGCAUCCUUGUCCUAGUGGGCACCUUUGUAUCAUUUUACACUCUCUCUUGCAUUUUCUCACUAUUUUUGGCUCGUUUAAAUGAUCCAGGUUGGUGGCUGGUGAACAGCUCUGCCUUGAUCACUGCUUGCUUUCCUACAGUCAGCCCCUUUGUUCUCAGGAGCCGUGACCCCAGGAUAUCCAGGCUCAUCUUUGCCUGCUGCAGAGGGAGUAUGCUAUCCUCUAAAUGA